UGCCUGGGCUUGGCCGGCCGCGCGUCAGCGCCAGCGUCAGCUUCAGCUUCAGCUUCAGCUUCAGCUUCAGCACCCGCCGAGCCGGACAGCGCCUGCUGCAUGGAGCCGCGGCCCGCCUCGGACUCAGCCUCCGACGCCGACCACGACGCCGACGCCCGCCUCAGCUUCCCCGCCGGCGGCUCCGGGGACCUCGAACUGGCGCUGGAGGAGGAGCUGGCGCUGCUGGCGGCUGCCGAGCACGGCGAGCAGCCUCCCGCCGAAGCCGAUCUCGGGGUGCAGCAGCAGCAGCAGCAGUCCGGGGAGCAUCUCCUGGAGCACCCGUCGUCCCCGCCCGCCCGGGAUCCCGAGCUGCUGUCGCUCAUCCGACAGAAGGAGAAGGACCUGGUGCUCGCCGCCCGGCUGGGCAAGGCGCUGCUCGAAAGGAACCAGGACAUGAGCCGGCAGUACGAGCAGAUGCACAAGGAGCUCACGGACAAGCUGGAGCACUUGGAACAAGAGAAGCACGAGUUAAGGAGAAGAUUUGAGAACCGAGAAGGGGAGUGGGAAGGGCGUGUGUCUGAACUGGAGAGCGAUGUGAAACAGCUUCAGGAUGAACUGGAAAGGCAGCAGGUUCAUCUACGGGAAGCAGAUCGGGAAAAGACACGGGCUGUCCAGGAAUUAUCAGAACAGAACCAAAGGUUACUGGAUCAACUCAGCAGGGCAUCAGAAGUUGAGAGGCAGCUCUCCAUGCAGGUUCACGCCCUCAGAGAAGACUUCCGGGAGAAAAACUCUUCCACCAACCAGCACAUCAUCCGACUUGAAAGCCUUCAAGCUGAGAUCAAGAUGCUGUCGGACCGGAAGCGGGAGCUGGAGCACCGUCUCAGUGCCACCUUGGAAGAAAACGAUCUGCUCCAAGGGACUGUGGAGGAGCUGCAGGACCGGGUGCUGAUCCUGGAGAGGCAGGGCCAGGACAAAGACUUGCAGCUGCAUCAGAGCCAGCUGGAGCUGCAGGAGGUGCGGCUAUCCUGCCGCCAGCUUCAGGUGAAGGUGGAGGAGCUCAGCGAGGAGCGAAGUCUGCAGAGCUCUGCCGCCACCAGCGCAUCCCUUCUGUCAGAGAUAGAGCAGAGCAUGGAGGCCGAGGAGCUGGAACAAGAGAGAGAGCAGCUGCGGCUGCAGCUGUGGGAAGCCUACUGCCAGGUCCGCUACCUCUGCUCUCAUCUUCGCGGCAAUGACAGCGCCGACUCUGCUGUCUCCACGGACUCCUCCAUGGACGAGUCUUCUGAGACCUCCUCCGCCAAAGAUGUGCCAGCCGGCAGCUUGCGCACCGCCCUCAGUGAGCUCAAGAGACUGAUCCAGAGCAUUGUGGAUGGCGUGGAGCCCUCGAGUUCUCGGAGAAUUGAUGAUGACUCCCUAGAAGAGCAAAUAAGGCAAACCAGUGAGGACUCACGAGCCCUCAGGGAGCUCAUGGAGGGAGAGCGGGGUAAACUGAGGCAGAGCCUAGAAGAACUGCAGCAACUCCACAGCCAGGUGACAUUGCUGAGCGUGGAGAUGACUGCACUGAAGGAAGAGAGAGACCGGCUCCGGGUGACAGCCGAUGACAGGGAGCCCAAGGAGCAGCUGCAGAAAGCCAUCAAGGACCGCGAUGAAGCCAUCGCGAAGAAGAACGCUGUGGAGCUGGAACUGGCUAAGUGCAAGCUGGACAUGCUGUCUCUGAACAGCCAGUUGCUGGAAGCCAUUCAGCAGAAGCUGAACCUCUCCCAGCAGUUGGAGGCCUGGCAGGACGACAUGCACAGGGUCAUUGACCGGCAGCUGAUGGACACACACCUGAAGGAACGGAGCCAGCCGCCUGCCGCCUUCCCCAGGGCCCAGGCCGCGGGGUGCAGGGCCGAGCCCGGCUCCACCGAAGGCAAAAAGCUCUUCUCGUUCUUCAGGAAAAUCUGAGUGCGGCGGCGGAAUCGGACUCCAGGGGUGGGUGGGCCGGGGUGGCUGGAAGGGGGCACCAGUGGAGCCCUUUGCGCUGUGGGCACCCACCCCCUUCUUCCCUGGGCCGAGCCGUCCCAACAGGGUGGUUCAGCCACUGGGGCUGCUCCUCACAUCAGGGCAGAGGGGCAGCCCCGUGUCCUUGCCCCUCCCGGCCAGGCUGGGUUCUGCCGCUCAGACCCCAAGCCCACCUGCAAAACACACACACCCUCAGGGGUUCCUGCUCCCCACUCCAGGCACUGCUGCCCUCCCGAACACGGGGAACAGAAGAUGGGCAAGAGCCAUGAGGCCGGGGCCCCGCACAGCUCCCGCCUGUGUGCAUGCACCUCUGAGGGAGCAUCUCCUGCUGAGGAGACCCAGUGUGCGGGCUUGGCGGCCGGGCCGCAGUGGAAGGGCUGGUCAAGCUCCUCCAGGGUCGUCCGACCCUCAGCAGGUUCCGGCCAGGAUGUUCUCCCAGGCCCUUCCCAGCCCCCCUUCCUCAGAGACAAGCCCAGGCCCCCAAAGAGCCCCAGAACGGCCCACAACCACCACCUCCACCUCCAGGGCAGUUGGCACCCCGAGGUGGAUGCCCCAGAUACUGCCCAUCAAGCCCGCAGGAGGAUGAAUCUUGCAACCUGCUGCUUCUGCUGCUCCUCAGCAGCCAGUCCCUCCCUGCUGAUGCCCCAACUCGGAGGCGCCCUGGGCCAGUUAGCCCCCCAAGAUGCUUCACGACGGAUUCAUCUCCCUCCCGUGGGAAAGCACAGCAGGGAUGAGCAGAAAGAAUGUACCUAUAGAUAUGUACAUACCACAGUGCUGUAAUUUUGUAUGUAGCAAUCCUGUAAAUACAAUGUAUGGAUUUUAUAACACACCUAUUAUAUAUAAAUCUAUAAAGGCAUAUUUUUAGAAAACAGCACAUCACUGCUUCUUUUGGAAAUAGUCUAAAUAAGAAUAAAACGAAUUUCUACAGAA